UCGCUUUCGUUGCCCUCCAAAUCUCCCGUAUCGAUUCUUCACGUUCUAGUUCGUGCGUUUUGGGGGCGUCGUCGUCGCAGAGACGCCCGUCGUCGGUCUACAAACCGGCGCUAGAUCGACAGUAGACCUGUUGUCGUCGUUGUAUAAACACCCGAAAGACAUAUGGCCUAAGAAAUACGACGCUGGUGAACAAAAACAGCACCCAAAAAUAUAGAUUUUCGCAACAAAACAAGUGUUGCCACCAUGACGACUGAAGAUAAUGGAAAUGUGGGCUUUUUAAAGCCAACAUCGAGCAGUAACGAAGAUUUGAGUGAAUAUACGGACGCCGAUGAGAGUAUUUCAGCGCCUACUGAGUUUCUAGCAGAGUUUCUAUCGGCCGUAAUGCUGAAAGAUUACGUUACAGCAUUAAAAUACUGCAAACUGAUCCUGCAAUACGAGCCCAACAAUGCGACAGCAAAGGAAUUCUAUCCUCUGAUUCUGGAAAAGCUCCAGGAGACUUUUACGAGUUCGCCGACGGAGGAGGAAAAUAGUAGCAGUGAGGGUGAGGAUGAUGAUGGACAACAACAACACAGUGAAGAGAAUUCGUCGAGUAGUUCGGAUUCGGAUAGUGAAGAAAGUGAAGAUGAGGAGGAGGAGGAGGAGGAGGAGGAGGAGGAGGAAGAGGAGGAAGAUGAAGUUGGGAGAGAUAAACAAUCGAAAGGAUCGUCAGAUGGAGGAGAUGCGACCACUGGAAGUUAUUCGAGUCUUGAAGAUGAUGAAGCUGAAACGGAUCAGUUGGCAGCACUGGCGGCCAAGUAUCAGAUUGAUAAUGUCAAUCUGGGCAAUGGAAAUAAAAUUUACGCGACAAAUUUCGGUGAGCACUUAUCAAACGUCGAUAAGACCACCCUCAUCACCAACCCCCUCCCCUUCGGCACCAGUUCCGACUCAGAAUCGCCAACCGAGCCCGUCAGUCAACAAACCGUUCAAAUGCUACGUGCCAGAGUCGUGCCAAAACAAUAAACCCAUCUCUAGUUUGUGUCUACUCUCAUCUCUAUUACUAGGGACAAUACCACCAACCAUUUAAAAAAAAAUCCCCCCCAAAAAAAUUUAGAUUAUUCCUUAGAGAAAAUAAAAAUGUCUCAAUGUUUCUUAGCAGAGUUGGCGACGAGAAAGGAAUGUCAGUGAUAUAUUUUUGUAUUUUUUGUAAGUAGUUAGACCUGAAUAUAACUGACCAAGUAACAAAAGAAAUUAGUAAAAAAAACACAAAAAGAUAGUUGAGUGAUUUUUUUUGCAAGACUGAGAUAUUGAACUAGACCCAACAUAUCUCUAUCCUUGUUCUAUAGCCUUAAACGACAUAGAUUCGUCCUUUUUUAAUUCGAUUGAUGUGUUUUAUGGUGAGGCCUUGUACACUCUCUGUCAUAAAUUUUAGUAAUUAAAAUAAAGCAUAUCA